AUGAAUAAUAUUAAAAUAUUACAAGUAAAUCUUCAGCACUCUAGGGGUGCAACAGCCUACUUAAGAGAUUACAUAGAAUCAAAUAAUGAAUACACAAUAGCAUGUAUACAAGAACCUUACGUUAAAGACAAUAAAGUAAGAGGAUUCCCAAUCAAAUAUAGAAAAUUCUACGCCAAAUCUGGCGCAAAAACAGCGAUAAUCAUUACAGACAACCAAACUUCAGUAUUGGAAAUUCUAAGUACUGAAACUAUAAGUGCAAUAAGAAUAGAAGGACAAAUACCAUUCAUAUUAAUCUCAGUUUAUUGUCCACCAUCCCAAGGACUAGAAACACACCUGUCCAUACUAGAAGACUUAAUUUCUGAUUACCAAAAUAUCCCAGUUAUAAUUAGUGGUGACUUCGAUGCGAAGCACACAAUCUGGGGCCCAAGUCAACCUGAUCCCCGAGGAUUACAAAUAUGUGAAUUUCUAGCCUCUACAGACAUGUGCGUUAUAAAUGAUCCCGAUAGCCCACCUACGUUCACAGGGGCCAGAGGUAACUCAUGGAUCGACCUCACCCUCCUAAGAAAACACGGUCAAUUAAACAUUAUAAAUUGGAAAGUGUUAGAAGAGGCCAAUCUAAGUGAUCAUAACAUAAUAACCUAUGAAAUAUCAAACACAAAAUGCAACAGAAGUUCAAAAACGAAAAUGAAGCUAAAACAUAUAGACUGGCUUAAAUUCAGACUAAUAUUAAAAGAACAAUAUCAAGUCAACAGACUUGUAAGUAUAAAUAACAUAGACGACCACAUAGAGAGGACCACAAGUCUAAUACAUGAAACUUAUGAAAGUACAAAGAAGCCCACAGUAAUCCUCCCACCCCAUCGCAUAAGCAAACCAUGGUGGACACCAGAAUUAACAAUAUUAAGAAAAAAGGUCAGGGCCUUAAGAAGACGAUACAAUCGUUCCCCAGACUCAAUCAGGACAGAACUCAGAAAAACUUAUAAACUAGAACAAGCGAAAUACAAAAGGCUUCUGUUCGAAGUCAAAAGGAAAACUUGGAACACAUUCUGGGAUAACCUUCAGAUCUCCUCACCCUUCGGCACAUAUUAUGACAUCGCCAAAGGAAAAAGUCUAGGUCCAUUACAACUAAGCGUGAUUGAAAAAGCGGACGGCACGACCACAAAAACAAUAGAAGACUCGAUAAAGGAGAUUCUAAAGUUUCACUUCCCACAAGAUCCCACAGACCAAGACACAGAAGAACACAAAAGAAUAAGACAAAUAGCAAACAGCCCAUGUCUCACAAAAAAUGACAAAGAUUUUACGAAAAUAGAAAUUCGCAAAGCAAUAGAAACCACAAAGAGAGGAUAG